AUGCGAUCGUCCCUUCAAACGGUCGGCAUCGUCGGCCUGCUGGCAGGUGUAAUAAACGCCAUACAGGUCGACUUCACCAAUGACGACUCCAUUAAGGAGGGAGCUAGCACAGUUGCCUAUGGCUUGUUGAAGUAUUAUACAGGCAAUAACACAGGCGACACACCGGGCAACCUACCAGAUCCAUAUUUCUGGUGGGAAUGUGGCGCCAUGUUCGGGACACUGGUUGAUUACUGGUUCUACACUGGGGACGACACAUACAACGAUGUGACGAUGCAGGCUUUGCAGCACCAAGUAGGCGACGACAAGGAUUACAUGCCAGCGAAUCAGAGCAGCACGCUAGGAAAUGAUGAUCAAGGAUUUUGGGCCAUGGCAGCCAUGUCCGCCGCCGAGAACAACUUUCCAAACCCGCCGUCCGAUCAACCACAAUGGCUAGCCCUAGCACAAGCCGUGUUUAACGAAUACGUUGGUCGGUGGGAAGACGCCAAGAACGUCUGCGGUGGAGGACUGCGGUGGCAGAUCUUUACGUUCAACAACGGCUUUAAUUAUAAGAACUCGAUCUCGAACGGCUGCUUCUUCAAUAUCGCCUCGAGGCUAGCGAGGUAUACGGGCAAUCAGACUUACGCUGACUGGGCCGAGACGGUAUGGGAUUGGAUGAACGAGGUCCAGUUCAUGGAUGCCCAAUACAACAUCUACGACGGCGCAGGCGUGGAGCAGGACUGCAAACAGAUCAGCAAAUCACAGUGGACUUACAACGCGGGCAUCUACCUACACGGCGCGGCGGUACUCUACAACUACACCGACGGCAACGACACGUGGAAGCAGCGGACCGAAGGCCUGAUGACUCGGACAAUCGACUAUUUCUUCGACAACGGCAUCGUGGUCGAGCGGGCGUGCGAGGGGUCGGGCCUGUGCGACAACGACCAGCAGAGCUUCAAGGGCUACUUGAUGCGGUGGAUGGCUUCGGCGGCGCAGCUGGCGCCCUUCACCUCCAACACGCUGAUGCCGCUGAUCAUGUCAUGCGCGGCGGCCGCGGCGCAGCAGUGCUCGGGUUCGCCCACCAAUCCUGCUGCCUUCAAGGGCGUCCAGGGCACGGCCUGCGGCUUCAGCUGGGCUAAGCAGGCCGCCUUCGAUGGUCUCGUCGGUGUCGGCGAGCAGAUGAGCGCCCUGUCCGCCAUGCAGUACACGCUCAUCAACAACGGCACCACCGCCCGCGCGCCUGUGACCGCCGACACAGGCGGCACCUCUGUCGGCGACGUGAGCGCCGGCGCUUCGAACGAGGAGAAGAUGCCGCCGCUCGCGCCCAUCACCGCGGGCGAGCGGGUGGCGGCUGGGUUUGCGACGACGGCUAUUGUGUUUAGUCUGCUGGGCGGCAGUUUCUUCGUCAUGAAAGAGGGUUAG